CUUCAUUUUCCUGAGGAAUGAAACCCAUGAUUUUCAGUUCCUCAGAGAAGUGAAAACAGCAACAAGGAAUCCAGUAAUUCCUGUUAUCUGCAGACUUAACAAGUCAGCCAAACAAGUCAGCCGAGCCUGAGGCAGUGGCCAGGAGCCUGCUCUCCAGACACUGCUGUCCUCUCUUCAAGCCCUGAAGCCAGGGGAGCCCGGGAUGUCUCUGCUGCUGGCCACCCUGCUGCUUCUCCUCUCCACCCACAGCACCCUGGCCCUGAGGAUCUGCUCCUUUAAUGUGAGGUCCUUUGGGAAAUCCAAGAAGGCAAACUGUAAUGCCAUGGAUGUCAUUGUGAAGGUCAUCAAACGCUGUGACAUCAUACUCCUGAUGGAAAUCAAGGACAGCAACAACAUAAUCUGUCCCACACUGCUGGAGAGACUGAACGGAAACUCAAGAAGAGGCAAAACAUAUAACUAUGUGAUUAGCUCUCGUCUUGGAAGAAACACAUACAAAGAACAGUAUGCCUUUCUCUAUAAGGAAAAGCUAGUGUCUGUGAAAGCAAGCUACCUCUACCAUGACUACCAGGCUGGCGAUGCAGAUGUAUUUUCCAGGGAACCCUUUGUGGUCUGGUUCCAGUCACCCCACACCGCUGUCAAGGACUUCGUGAUUGUUCCCCUGCACACCACCCCUGAGACAUCCGUUAAAGAGAUUGACGAGCUGGCUGAUGUCUAUAUGGAUGUGAAACGUCGCUGGAAGGCGGAGAAUUUCAUUUUCAUGGGUGACUUCAAUGCCGGCUGCAGCUACGUCCCCAAGAAGGCCUGGAAGAACAUCCGCCUGAGGACCGACCCCAAGUUCAUUUGGCUGAUCAGGGACCAAGAGGAUACCACGAUCAAGAAGAGCACAAACUGUGCCUAUGACAGGAUCGUGCUUAGAGGACAAGAGAUUGUCACCUCUGUUGUUCCUCAAUCAAACAGCAUCUUUGACUUCCAGAAAGCUUACGGGUUGACUGAAGAGAAGGCCCUGGAUGUCAGCGACCACUUUCCAGUUGAAUUUAAACUUCAGUCUUCAAGGGCCUUCACCAACAGCAAAGAAUCUGUCUCUCCAAAGAAGAAAAAAAAGACCAGUCGCGCCUAGAUACAAGGGUGCCAUUUUAUUCACCAUUUCUUGCCUCUACAUAAA